AUGGAAGAUAGUUGGUCUCAGAAGCCAGAAGGAGACUCCAUUUGUUAUCUUUGGGUGCGACAAGACCUAUCUCUAGCAUUUGGACCUCAUUCCUUGCUCUUUUCUCCUCCUCAGUCUUGCUCUUUCUCACGGGUGACGUACGUGUACAAACAGACAGACAUACUCGACUUGACUAUGUGGGGCUCGCUUUUGCUCGCCCCAAUAAGUACCACACCUCCAAACCGCCAUUGUGGAGGUAUAGACAUUGUGUCAAGGUGUGGUGAAACUUGCUCUCACGUUGCAGCCGCCCUAUUUAAAGUUGAAGCAUGUAACAGACUUGAGAUAGCAAAACAGACGUGUACGUCUCAGCCAUGUUUAUAUAAUCAGGCUUUUUCUAAGAAAGUUUCACCAUCUCCCAUCAGUGACAUUGAGUUCUACAACCCAUUUAAGAGAAGGAAAAGAAGUGAGACUAUAUCCAGCCAAAAUAAAAGAAGUAAUAAAUCAUCGGCUGGUGAUGCUAUUCCUCCAACAAAUUUAUGCAGACAAUUUCUUUUACGACAGAUACAUUCUGUUCUUCCUUCUGCUGCAAUAUUCACUGUAGUUCCAGGUUUUGUGCAGCCAGUUGUAUGUGACACUGUUGAACAGGCACAAUCAUUUGAUUCCCAUGAGUCAAGUCCUGAAUCAACUGAACCACCAACAACUGCUGUUUCAUACCCAAAUUCCAUAUUUAUGGUAGCACAAGACUCGUCACAAAAAUCCACAAAUGUUGACCUGCCUCUCCUUUCUUCUUUAUACAAUCCAUCUAUGUUGAAGGAGCACAUAUCACAAGAUUUAUUUAAUUCCAUAAAGGUGACCCAGUCAGCAGCUAUAAAUUAUAUUUAGAGACCAUGGAACAGUCGUUAUCUAAGCUGUGGUAUGAUCAUAGGGCUGGACAAAUAACUGCUUCCAACAUGCACAAGGUAUUGAAUUAUACUGGACGACGUUACCCAUUAUCAAUAAUAAAAAGUAUAAUACAGUAUUACAAGAUAUCUGAAAAUGUUCCAUCUUUAAAGUGGGGCAGAGAGAAGGAAGUCACUGCAAUAGAGCAAUAUACUAGAGAAAUGAUGAAGACACUUGAAGACUUGAAAGUUUCAAGUUGUGGUCUCAUCAUUGAUCCUAAAUAUCCAUAUCAUGGGGCAAGCCCAGAUGGGUUGGCAUCCUGUUCUUGUUGUGGAGUUCAUUUACUAGUGAUAAAGUGUCCAUAUAAACAUUGGAAUUCAAAGCCAGAGAACAUUGUUGAUUCAAAGUUCUUUCUUCAGUACAAUGAUCAGAAUGACUUACAGUUGUCACGAGAUCAUGAAUACUAUACUCAUGUGCAAGGGCAAUUAUACCUUAGCCAUCAAAGUCAGUGCGAUUUUGUGUGCUGGACAACAGCUGGUUUUUAUAUAGAAACUGUUCCUCUUGAUGAUUCAUUCAAAGCCAAGCUUAUGCCAAAGCUGGAAUACUUUUUUAAAAAGUAUGUUGUCCCAGAACUGGUCUGUAAA